CUUUGUGUCGAUUUGUGUUAUGAAAUUUUAUACAAGAAACAUAUUGUACUUAUAGCGAUUAUUAUGUCAAGGCUUUUGCCGCUGACCAGGAAGUUAAUAGGCGCGUCCCCGAUCAUCGCCCGGGCUAUAGCAUUCCCCAUUUUUUACACAAUUCACUGAGGUAAAUUUAAAAAUUGAGUAUGGAGACGAUAAUAGAGAGGCAACGAAGGCAGCACGAAGAAUGCGAGAGGCUCGAAGAUGCGAUAACCGAAGAAUUUUUACUGAAGAAACAGACGCCAAAAGACCAAAUCAAUUCAGAUCACAGAGCCAGGGAUCUAUUAGAGAGAUAUCUCUCUUCUACUAGCUCGUUGCUGACAUUGUAUAAUGAUAAUGAUGGGAUGAGGAAAGAAGAAAUAUCUGCUUUAUCUGGGCCCAAUGAGUUUGCUGAAUUCUACAGCAGAUUACGAGUUAUCAAAGACUAUCACAGAAAGUAUCCAAAUGAGGUGAUAUGAUUUAGAAUGAAU